AUGAUUGACCAGUUAUUUUAAGAAGCAGACACUAACAUCAUCCCAAAAUGGCCACCAGUCAACAACUAUCAAAUCAUCUCAGAUCUCAUAGAUCUUACAUCAAACAAGUCUUCACUUGACUAUGUCAAGCAAAUUACAGACUUCUUUGAUCAAUUCACAAAAGAGUUUUUAAAUAAAAUAGAUAUCAUUAAAAAAAAGACGAUCAAUGAAGCUUAGAAAUAUCCUAUUGAUACACAGUAAAUCCUAAAAAGAUAUUAAGAAAUUUCAAACAUUCUUUAGUUUAAGUAGCUUCUUAACAACGAAUAAUCAAAUAACCUCCAAGAUCAUUCAAAUCUUUGUAAAGAAUUUAUCUCACAAAUGGAGUCUCAAAAAGAUUAAAACACUGAAUUGUUGUAAAGUCUACUUACAUAAGCAAAUUAAUUAAAAACAAAUUUCAACAUGGAAUAUCCUCACAUCAUUAAAUAGUAAUUAUUUAAUUUUAUUGAUCACAUUUCUUUCUUCAAUUCAGAUAUUCCUGAAGUUAGUAGUACAAAUCAUAAUAACACUAGAAAUCAUUUGGAAACUAAUAUAAUAAAUCAAAGUAAUUAAAUUGUAGAUUUAAAACUAACAUCUGACUUAAUCAUGAAGCUUGUUUCUAAUAAAUUAAACUUUUGCUCUGACUAAUUCUUAAACAUGUUAAGUGAGAGUCUUUAAAGAAUAAACCCUCUACUUAAAUAGUUUAUUUUCAACACAGCAGUUUUCAAGGAGAAUAAAGAAUAAAUUGACUUUUCUAAGAUUAGUGAGGAAAAAAUAAAUUUGAUAGAAGAAUAUGUUAAGCAUUCAAUAGCUUUGUCAAGAGGGGAAUAGUAAUAUGAAUAGGAAGUAAAGGAUAGUUUAGAAAUAAAAUAAAUGACUUAAAUUGUAGAUUCUAAAAUGAGUUUCUUGAGGUAAGAAUUUGUAUAAUAGUUUGAAAAUUUCUUAGUUGAUGUAAAACCUUUCUUAAAAUAGAUUAAUUUCACUAAUAGUUUUACUGACAAAAAUAAAUUUGAUUUCAUCAGAAAUAUAAAUUUGAAAGAUAACAAAUUGAAGGCUUUAUUUUAGGAAAGUUUACCUAAUUUAGAUCUAUAAUUGUUUGCAACUUAGUGGAAGGAUGGGUAGAGAGAUAGUGUGAUAAAUAAAAAAGAAAAUGGUUAUUAUGAAAUUGAAAAAUUAAAUAAUAAUAAUUUCAUUAAUUGUAUAUCAAAUACAAAUUUAUAAAAAGAUUAGAAGUAUAUUUUUAGGAUAAAAGUUGAAAGUCUAAAUGAUAGUCAUCCUUUUAUGAUAGGUCUAAUGAGAAAUUCAAAUGUUGAUUAAAAUUAUGGAUAUUAUGAGUAUUUAAGCUGUUACUUACAAAAAGAUAAUCAAUCUGUAAUUAAACAUAAGGAAAAAUGGGGUAUUGAUAAAUAAUUAAAGGGAGCAGGAUUUAAGACAAGUGGAGAGAAUAUGAUAGAACUAAGAUUGUGCUUGAAAGAGUAGAUUUUAGAAGUGUUAGAUUAUCCUAAUUAUGAAAUUCUUGGUAUUAAAUUUGAUAUAAGAUUAAAAAAAUUGCUUAGAAUUAGUGAUUUGCAGAGAAUAGUAAUUCAACUUAGGAGAAUAGGAAGGUAUACUAGGAGAAAAGAACAAAAAAAAGUCAAAAUUUUUACAAAUUAUUCAAAUAUUCAUAUAUUCAUUCAAAUAAUUUUAUUCGUUUUACAUCCCUGCAUUAAAUAAUAAUUAUUUACUUUUAUUGAUAACAUUUCUUUCUUCAAUUCAGAUAUUCCUGAAGUUGGUAGUACAAAUCAUAAUAACACUAGAAAUCAUUAGGAAACUAACAUUAUAAAUCAAAGUAAUUAAAUUGUAGAUUUAAAACUAACAUCUGACUUAAUCAUGAAGCUUGUUUCUAAUAAAUCAAACUUUUGCUCUGACUAAUUCUUAAACAAGCUAAGUGAGAUUCUUUAAAGAAUAAACCCUCUACUUAAAUAGUUUACUUUCAACACAGCAGUUUUCAAGGAGAACAAAGAACAAAUUGAUUUUUCCAAGAUUAGUGAGGAAAAAAUAAAUUUGAUAGAAGAAUAUGUAAAGCAUUCAAUUGCUUUGUCAAGAGGGGAAUAGUAAUAUGAAUAGGAAGUAAAGGAUAGUUUAGAAAUCAAAUAAAUGACUUAAAUUGUAGAUUCUAAAAUGAGUUUCUUGAAGUAAGAAUUCAUAUAAUAAUUUGAAAAGUUCUUAGUUGAUGUAAAACCUUUCUUAAAAUAGAUUAAUUUCACUAAUAGUUUUACUGACAAAAAUAAAUUUGAUUACUUCAGAAAUAUAAAUUUGAAAGAUAAAUAAUUGGGUGUUUUAUUUGAUGAAAUUUAAUUCAUUUCAGAUCUAAAAUUGUUUGGAACUUAGUUUAAGAAUGGGUAGAGAGAUAUUGUGGUAAAUAAAAAAGAAAAUGGUUAUUAUGAAAUUGAAAAAUUAAAUAAUAAUGAUUGGGUGAAUUGUAUAUCAAAUACAAAUUUAUAAAAAGAUUAGAAGUAUAUUUUUAGGAUAAAAGUUGAAAGUCUAAAUGAAGGUAUUUAUUUUAUGAUAGGUCUAAUGAGAAAUUUAAAUGCUGAUUUAAAAGUAGGAUAUAAUGAUUAUUUAAGUUGUUACUUAAAGAAAAAUAAUCAAUCUGUAAUUAAACAUGGAGGUUUGGGUAUAGAUAAAUAAUUAAAGGGAGCAGGAUUUAAGACGAGUGGAGAGAAUAUGAUAGAACUAAGAUUGUGCUUGAAAGAGUAGAUUUUAGAAGUGUUAGAUUAUCCUAAUUAUGAGUAUAAGCUAGGAUUAGAAGAUAAAUAUAAAGAGAAGCUUACAUAAUUUGAUGAUCUAAGAUUUUAUCUUGGACUUUUUAAUAAAGGAAGCAAAUUAAUUUUAAUGGAUGUAAAAAUAGUGAAUGAGUUUGUAAAUUGA